CUGGGGCCGGGCGCUGUCCCCAGAGUGAGGGGACCCGGCGGGCAAGCGGGCGCGUGGGCCUGGCCCACGCUCCGUCCUCGGCGGUGCCUCUGCCGGCCGUCCCCUCUCCGGGGCCCCGAGAAGGCGAGCCAGGCCGCGCUCGAGGGCCCGGCGUGAGGAGGGGGCAUGGCCAGCGUCCCCCAGCUGGUGGACGACCUGUGCGAGGCCCUCCUGCCGGCCGCGAAGGCUCACUAUGGCCAGCGCCGCGGGAGCCGCAAGAAGGCCAAGCAGAGCCUCAAGAGGGUGGCCUACAACGUUCUGUUCACGAGCCUCUUUCAAGAUGAGGCCCGCAAGCUGCAGCCCGGCCUCCCGAGACUCCCGGUGAAAAACAGGAUCCUCAUGCUGUCCUUUGACUUGCGAGUGAGCGGCCUGGGCGCCGAGGCCGACCGCCUGGAGGAGUUGGUGGAGGAGCUGGAGGCCGCGCAUCGCCGGCCGCUGGCGGAGCUGGGAUCCGUGCUGGACCUGCUGGUGCGGCUGGCGGGCAGCGGGCCCCCGCGCAUGCUGCGGCGCCGGCGGGACUUCUUCUUGCACAGCCGGCCCGUCGGGAGAGACGUUCCCUACGGCGGCUACGACUGCGCCGACCUGAGCGGGUUGGAGGCGGACGUGCGGUCGCUCAUCUCCGGAGAGGAGUAUUUCUGUCGGGACCUGGUCCGGAAGACGCUGCAGGUGAUGGAGGCGGCGCCGGGCACCGGCCUGCCCGCCAUCGGGCUCUUCUCGUAUGGCGACCCCUGCGGGGACAGGUUUGAGAGGGACACCCGUGUCUCGCUCUUCGGAGCCCUGGUGCACAGCCGCACGGCCGACCUGGACGUCCGCCUGGACCUGCCCCCGGUGCCGGACAGCGCAGACCUCUCCGGACUGGCCAUCAAGGUCCCUUCGAGCGUGGAUCAGUCGGAAGAUGAAGGGUUCCAAUCAGCAUCCAAUCUGACUCCUGAUUCCCAGUCUGAGCCGGGCGUGACUCCAGACAUUGACCUGUGGGACGCUGUACUCACCUACGAGGCCAGCAAGCGGAGGUGCUGGGAGCAAGUUGGAUGCCCGCCUGGCCACCGAGAGGAGCCCUACCUCACCGAGGCCGGAAGGGCCGCCUUCGACAGGUCCUGCCGGCUCUGCCAAGCGGGGCUGCAGGUGCUGGGCGGGGGCCUCCUGCCGGCCCCGCAGCCCGUCCUGGUGAAGGAGUGCGAGCUGGUGAAGGACGCGCUCAACAUCCUGAUUGGGGUCGUGUCCGCCACGUUUUCCCUCUGCCAGCCAGCUCCGGCCUUCACGGUGAAGCAGGGCGUCCACGUCUCAGGAGCGUCCCCUGAGAGCGUCAGCGGCCUCCUCUCGGAGGUGGCCGAGUGCGGGACCCACUACGCGCGCCUGAGCCACUUCUCUCUGCAGCCUGUGCUGGACGCCUCGUGCAGCGAGGGCCUCGUGUUCCAGGCCUUCACCAGCGGCCUGAGGAGGUACCUGCAGUACUACCGGGCUUGUGUGCUCUCCACCCCGCCCACCCUGAGCCUCCUCACCAUCGGCUUUCUCUUCAAGAAACUGGGCCGGCAGCUCAGGUACCUGGCUGAGCUCUGCGGUGUCGGCACUGGACUCCUGGGCGCUGGGGGCGGAGCGCCCGGGGCUGCGUUCCCCACUGGGGUGAGGCUGCUCUCCUACCUGUACCAGGAGGCCCUGGAUAACUGCAGCAACGAACACUACCCGGUCCUGCUGUCCCUGCUGAAGACCAGCUGCGAGCCCUACACGCGGUUCAUCCACGACUGGGUGUACAGUGGGGUCUUCAGAGAUGUUUACGGCGAGUUCAUGAUCCAGGUGAACCAUGAGUACUUGGGCUUCAGAGAUAAGUUUUACUGGACCCACGGCUACGUGCUCAUCUCCAAAGAGGUGGAGGACUGCGUCCCCGUGUUCCUGAGGCACGUUGCCCACGACGUGUACGUCUGCGGGAAGACCAUCAACCUGCUGAAGCUCUGCUGCCCCCGGCAUUACCUCUGCUGCUCCGAUGUCCCCGUCCCUCGCAUCUCGGUGAUAUUCUCCCUCGAGGAGCUGAAGGACAUCGAGAAGGACUGUGCCAUCUACGUGGGCCGGAUGGAGAGGGUGGCGCGCCACAGCUCCAUCAGCAAGGAGGAGAAGGAAUUACGAAUGGAAAUUGCAAAACAAGAAUUAAUUGUCCAGGCCCGGGAAGCUGCGUCCAGGGUCCUGAGCGCGCUCAGCGAUCGGCAGCUGUCUGAGCGGAUGGCCUUGGAUGCCCAGAAGCGAGAGCAGUUUCAGAGGCUGAAGGAGCAGUUUGUGAAGGACCGGGAGCGCCGCCGGGUGGCCAGGCAGGAGGAGCUGGAUGAUGACUUCAGCUACGCCCGCGAGCUCCGGGACCGGCAGAGGAGGCUGAAGGCCCUGGAGGAGCAGCUGGAGAGGAAGGCCAGGCAGGCGCUGGUGGAUCAUUACAGCCAGCUGUCCGCAGAGGCAGCUCGGCGGGAGCGGAAGGCGCUGUGGACGGUCCGGAGGCACAGAUUGGCCGGCGCUCGGCUUCGGUUUCUCUUGGAAGAUCAGAGACGCGUUCAGGAGCUGCUGGAAGACAUGGCUGAGGGGAAGCCCCUGGAGCCUCUGGCCGUCCUCCCGGGUGCCCGCUCCCAGGCUUCCUUUCUGGGCCCUGAGCUUCCAGAUGGAGGCGGCAGCUGCGAUUCUGGGCGUGAGGAGCAGCACGAGGCUGCCCGGGACGGCCCCGACAGGCAGAGCGUGCUGACGCCGCGGCCCCUCGAGUCUCCGGCAGCGGGGGCCUGCGGCUCAGGGCCAGGCGCAGGCCCGCCGUCAGAGCAGGCGGAGGAGCCGGGGCCGUUCUCUGUGGGCCUCAGCAUCCAAGACUUCCUGCCCGCGGCCCAGGGGGCUGAGCAGCCUGUGCUCACCAGCGCGGCCCCCGUCCUGGACGAGGCGCUGCAGACCAUCGGCUCGGACCUGCCUCCCCUGGCUCCGUCCGCAGCAGCGGACACGGGGCCCUCCGGGCCACAGGAGUACGAUUUCAGAACCAUCCUGAGGCCGGCUGUGGCCGCCCCAGCUUCCCCAGGGGCCCUCCAGACUGCAGGAGGCAGUUUGGGCAGUGAGGGGCAGCAGCUGCGGGAGGACACUCACGUGCAGCCGGGCACGUGUGUCCCAGAUGGGCGGGUGGCUCUGCCUCACACGCACCCCCCCCAGCACACCUCCCGCCAGGAGGAGAGCAGCCAGGCCACGGGGCAGCUCUGUGGGCAAGUGGCAGAGCCUGGUGUUCCCACAGAGGGUUAUGCUGCUGGAAUGGCCCCCUCCCGGCCACGGUGGAACGUCCACGGACACGUGUCUGAUGCCAGCAUCAGGGUGGGGGAGAACGUGUGGGAUGUGGCCCCCUCCCGGCCACGGUGGAACAUCCACGGACACGUGUCUGAUGCCAGCAUCAGGGUGGGGGAGAACGUGUGGGAUGUGGCCCCCUCCCGGCCACGGUGGAAUGUCCACGGACACGUGUCUGAUGCCAGCAUCAGGGUGGGGGAGAACGUGUGGGAUGUGGCCCCCUCCCGGCCACGGUGGAAUGUCCACGGACACAUGUCUCAGUCCAGUGUGAUGCUGGGGGUGCUCUCAGGGGAAGCCGAGCCCAAUGUGCCUGGGCCCCCCUGGGCGCCCCCUGACCAUGGGUCCCAGUCAGGCCUCAGCUUGGGAGCCCAGAGCCCUGCCCGGGAACAGGAGCCACGGCUGCCUGCAGAGACGGCCUCAGGCGGCUCCGGCGCGCAAGUGGCUGGACCUGGCUCUGGCCGUGGGGAGGAGAGCGGCCUGCAGGCCUUGCUGUCUGCGGAGGCUGCACCCGCUGCUCUGGAAGAUGGUAUCCCUGAGGAGCCAGGCCCGGGGGCGAGUGGGGACUCCCAGGAUCUCUCUCCAAGUGGCCCUCCGAGCUCACAGGAGGGCGUGGACACCCGGAGCAGCCCAGGCCCUGGCGAGGAGGCGGCCCAGCGCUGGGACAGGGAGCAGGCCUACUUGGCGGGCCUGGCGGGGCAGUAUUGCCUGGAGCAGUACCCGGACAGCUACGAGGCCAUGUCAGAGCCUCCCGUCGCCCGCCUCCUGCACCACGGGCUUCCCCGAGCUUUCGCCCUCCCCGAGGACCCCGGGGCCCAGUCAGACGCGGACGAGAGUGCGGUGCAGCUGAGCGAGCUGCUGCCACUGCCCGUGCUCAUGAAGCACUCCAUCACGGCCCCGCUGGCUGCCCACGUCUCCCUGGUGAACAAGGCCGCGGUUGACUACUUCUUCGUGGAGCUGCACCUCGGGGCGCACUUCGAGGCGCUGCGGCACUUCCUGCUGAUGGAGGACGGGGAGUUUGCGCAGUCCCUCAGCGACCUGCUCUUUGAGAAGCUCGGGGCGGGACAGACGCCUGGGGAGCUCCUCAGCCCGCUGGUGCUCAACUCCGUGCUGAGCAAGGCCCUGCAGUACAGCCUGCACGGCGACACCCCGCACGCCGCCAACCUCUCCUUCGCCCUCAAGUUCCUGCCCGAGACGUUUGCCCCCAAUGCCCCGGACGUGCUGAGCUGCCUGGAGCUCAGGUACAAGGUUGACUGGCCCCUCAACAUCGUGGUCACCGAGGGCUGCUUGAGCAGGUACAGCGGCAUUUUCUCCUUCCUGUUGCAGUUGAAGCUCAUGAUGUGGACACUCAAGGAUGUCUGCUUCCACCUCAAGCGCACAGCACGGGUGAGCCACGCGGCCGGCUCGGUGCAGUUCCGCCAGCUGCAGCUGUUCAAGCACGAGAUGCAGCACUUUGUGAAGGUCAUCCAGGGCUACAUCGCCAACCAGAUCCUGCAUGUCACCUGGUGUGAGUUCCAGGCCAGGCUGGCCUCGGUGGGCGACCUAGAGGAGAUCCAGCGUGCCCACGCCGAGUACCUGCACAAGGCUGUCUUCAGGGGCCUGCUGACAGAGAAGGCGGCGCCCGUCAUGAACAUCAUCCACAGCAUCUUCAGCCUGGUCCUCAAGUUCCGCAGCCAGCUCAUCUCCCAGCCCUGGGGCCCGGCCAGCGGCCCCCGCGGCCCCGAGCACCCCAGCUUCGCCCUCAUGCAGCAGUCCUACAGCACCUUCAAGUACUACUCCCACUUCCUCUUCAAAGUGGUGAGCAAGCUGGUGAACCGCGGCUACCAGCCCCACCUGGAGGACUUCCUGCUGCGCAUCAACUUCAACAACUACUACCAGGACGCCUGAGGCCUGUGUGGCGUGGCGGGUGCCUGGGCUGGAAUAAAGGUGCUGCCCG